AUGAAGUCCGCCGCUGUCGCUUUCGCCCUCGUUGGCGCUGCAUUCGCUCAGGGUGUCACGGAUAAGAUCGCCCCCGAAGGUGGAAUUCCUGAUGGCUGCUCGGGAAGCUUCGAUGGAAACUUCGAGAUCACCGUUGCCCAGGUCACCUACGCCAAGCGGGAUCUUGAUGUCCAGAAGCGCGCUGAGUGUGGAGCCAACGGAGUGCUCGUCCUGUCGCUGUCGGACGACUCCAUCUACGACUCUCAAGACCGCACUGGUUACAUCGCCUCCAACUUCCAGUUCCAAUUCGAUGGACCUCCUCAAGCUGGCGCCAUCUACACCAGCGGUUUCUCCGUCUGCGAGGACAACCUGCUUGCUCUUGGCAGCAACAAGACCUUCUACCGCUGCUUGUCUGGCGACUUCUACAACUUGUACAACGAGGACUGGGCUGAGCAAUGCGAGGCUGUUUCCAUCAUUGCCAUUCCUUGCGGCUCGGACGAAUCUGCCAGCCAGAUCGGUGAUGGCCAGGUCGUUGGCACCACCGUCGUUCAGACCACCAUUGUCACUGCUCUGACCGACGGACAGCCCCAGGUCAUCACCACCACGGUCGCUGUUCCCGUCACCUCUUACUACCCGACCAGUGCUCCCGUUAGCCAGAUCAGCGACGGCCAGAUCCAGGUCCCUCCCCCUCAGACAGCUACCUCGGUCGCUACCGCCUCCAUCAGCACCCCAAUUGUGACCGCCUCCACUCCUGUUGAGACUGGCUCGGCAACUGGUUCUGCCUCUCUUCCUACUGGCACUGCUUCCGGAAGCGCCAGUGCCUCUGCCUCGGCCAGCAAGACUACGGCUGUCACAUCGGCUACUGCUGGUUCUUCCACUGCUGCCACCAGUGCCGCUACCUCGGCCCCUGCCUCCAGCGGAUCUUCGCGCACCACCACUGCCUCCCUUGGCGGUCUUGUCAUCGCUAUCUUUGCCAUGUUCUUGUAA